AUGUUCGGCCUGAUAUCUCUUUGGCAUCUCUUCUGGUUAGCUGUCAUGGCAGGGAUUCUCGUCGUGGCCCAUCGAAACCGUGAAACAAUCCAUGGCUUCAGCUCACAGAACUUCGAUCUCACUUCGGCUAACAGCAAUGACACGAGAAGUGGACUAGACGAAGCUUCCAAACAAGAGAUCAGGCGGAUCAUGGAGGAACAGGGUCUAGGAUUUGACCAAGCAAGAUUGGUGUAUACUACUAGAAAGUUCGGGGCGCAUGGCAUCGCGCCUGAUGGUAUGCCUCUAGAUCCAAAGGUUGUGACGUUCAGACGUUAG